AUGCAAUUAAAAAACAAUUUUUACCUUUCAGAAAAAAAAGACACCGAAAAAAUUGUUAAUAAAUAUUCACACUUUGAUAAUUCGAUAAUAAAAAAAAUCUACCCUUUUUCUAAAAAUAAAGAUGAGAAAGUUGUAGAUAAUUUUGAUUGUGCGUUCGAAAUUUUGAAUAACGUUUAUAAUAUAGAAUUACCGAUAUUAUAUAAAAUGUUUGAUAUAAAUAAUAUUUGUGUAUCUUUAAAGUUGAAAUUGCAAAUAAAAAAUAACAAUGAAGGAUCAAAUAAAAAUCAUUUUUUAUAUUUCGAUAUAAAUCCAGGAGGAAUCAUGUCCAAAAAUCAGGAGAAAAUUUAUUAUGAGUAUAAAUUUAAUGGGGAUAAAGAUGACGAGGCGUUGGAAAAGAUGUCAAGGGAACAAAAAAUGAAAUACUUUUCUUCUGUGUCGUGUAAGUUGGCAGGUAAAGUCAUAGAAUACAAAGAAUCAAAGUAUAGAUUGAUAAAAGUACUUCAGUCAGCUAUAUAUGGAAGUGUUUAUUUAUCAGAAGUUUUUGAAGGUAUUGGGAACGGUUUAGUAAGGAGAUAUAAAGCUAUAAAAAUAUUGUCUAAGCAUCUUAUAGAGAUGGCUAAGGAUAGAGUACAAGAAGAUCCAUUAUCUGAAUAUUAUUAUAGAGAUAGUAUGAGUGGUCAUAGUAAUAUAUUAAGUUGUGAUAACAUUUUUGAUGACAAUUUAUAUAUAUAUAUGGUGAUGCCUUUUGCUAUACAUGGAGAUUUAUUUGAGGUUAUGAAAAUUCGGAAUAAGUGUUUUUCUGAAGAAGAAGCAAGAUAUUUAUUUCAUCAGAUAUUAUUAGCUAUUAAAUAUUUACAUUUAAAAAAAAUGGCAUUACGAGAUAUAUCUUUAGAAAAUAUUCUUUUAUUUGAAAAUGAAGAAAAUGGAUUAAUAUAUCCCGUUUUAAAUGAUCCAGGACAAGCAAUAUAUUUUAAUGUAAAUAAAAAAAAUCAUGUAAUAUUAGAAAAUUAUAAAAAAAUGUUUGGUAAAAUAUUUAGACCUCCUGAAAUUUAUAUGAAAUCUAAAUAUGACCCUACAAAGAUAGAUAUAUUUUGUGCUGGUUAUAUUCUUUAUUUCUGUUUAACAAAAUGUGAACUUUUUAAAUCUUCAUCAGAAAAAGAUAAUUAUUGGAAAAUGUUUAAAUAUAAAAAUUAUAAACAAUUAUUAAAAGAAAAAAAAGGAUUAAAUUUAUCAAAACAAGUUAUUGAUUUAAUUUUUAAUUGCUUACAUCCAGAUUUUCAUAUGAGAUAUAAUAUAAAUGAAGCUCUGAAUCAUGAUUGGUUCAAAGGAAGUAUAUUCCCUCUACACAAUUUUAAUUUAUAUAUAAACAAAGAUGAUAAUAAUAAGAAGAACAACAACAAAAACAAUAAGAAAAAUAAUACAUGUAAUAAUAAAAGUGAAAAAAAUAAUACAUGUAAUAAUAAAAGUAAUAGGAAUAAUAUCUAUGACAAUAAUGAUGAGGAAAGGAGCAAAAAUUUAUCUUCUUUAAAACUUUCUCUUCAAAUAGAAAAAUAUGCCAAAAAAAAUAAUAUCCCUAUAUAUCCUGAUUCGAUUCUAGAGUUUUAUAUUUAUGAGCAUAUAUUUUUCUCUUCCAUAGAUAACUUAAUAAAUGAAAAAAAGCAUGGGUCACCAAACAAAUUAUUUCCUUCACAUAAUAAGAUAAAUAUGGUAUAUAAAGAAAAUCGGGGGGAUGAUAAUAAAAAAAAAAAUACUUUAUUAUAUAAAAAUAUGCACGUGCCAGUUCAUUUAACACAUAAUAAUAAUAAUAAUAAUAACACCAGUUGUGUUGUUUCCAAUUUUAAAGAGAAAAAAAAAAUUUGCAAUAAUCAUAAAAAUUACAAUAAUUUGGAGAGCACCACAAAUAAGAAUGCUGUUAUGAUUGAAAAGAAAAAACAUAUUAAUGCUCAUGAUAAUAUAAUAUCUAUAAAACCAUAUGAUGAAAAUCUUAUAAAAAGGCAAACUAUAUAUAUGAAUAAAGGAUGUAAUGUUCCAGGUAGUGCAUACACAAAUGUAUGUGAAAGAAAUAUCGAACGUGUUAAUAUGAAUAAUUAUUGUGGCAAAAGAUUCGUAGAUGAGAUAGAUAUUUACAAUAAUAUAUAUCAUAAUGAUAAAAAAAAUAUGAUUGAUGAUAAUAAAAAGGGAGAAUGUGAUAAAAAAAAUAAGACUGAUGAUAAAAAAAAUAAGACUGAUGAUAAAAAAAAUAUGAUUGAUGAUAAAAAAAAUAAGACUCAUGAUAAAAAAAAUAAGACUCAUGAUAAAAAAAACAAAAUUGAUGAUAAAUUAAAUUAUAAUAUGUGCAAUGGAUUUGUAAAAUCUAAUGGUGAUCUUAACGAGACGUUCAAAACUAAUAUUCUGAACAGUUAUCAAAAAAGUAUAUACAAAUUGAUAGAAUUAAAAACAAAGGAAAAGAAAAUAACACAUUUGGAUAUAAUAUCUGAUGAGAAUAAAAAGGAUACUUCUCUGAGUGUUUUAUCAACUAAAGAAAUGUCAAGUAUGAAAAAGGAGGGUUCGUCAUUUUUAAAUAAUAAAAGGGAGGUGGACUUGGAAGGUCAUGAUCAUAUGCUAGAUAUUUUUAGAGAAGAUAAAAUGAGAGGAAUUAAAAAUGGGGUGGAUAAACAUGACAUUAACAAUAAAAUAAAUAAUAAUAAUAAUAAUAAUAAUAAUAGUAAUAAUAAUAAUUAUUAUUAUUAUAGUAGUAGUUGUUGCUAUGGUAGGGGGGAAGACCAAAUGAAACCAAUUAUAAAGAACAAUAUUUUGAUAAACAAUAUGAGUGGCAUAGAUAACUAUAUACAUACUAAUAGACAUGAUCUAAUUAUAAAAGAAGAUAAUAAUAAAUUACAACAGAAUAAGAUAUCUUCAAACGAUGACACAUUAAAUGAAUAUUCGUCAUUUGUAGGUAGUUUAAAUAUGAACACGAAGAUAUUGAAAAACAAAUUAUUAGAGAUGAAAAAAAAAAAUUAUUUAAAUAUGAACGGGCAUGAUAAAAUGUUGAAGGAUGCAAGUGAAAGGACAAAUAAAAUUGUCAACAAAGAGAAUCAUCUUGUUGUCAAUAAGGAGAAUCAUCUUGUUGUCAAUAAGGAGAAUCAUCUUGUUGUCAAUAAGGAGAAUCAUCUUGUUUGUAAUAAGAAUAAUAAUGUUGUUUCUAAUAAGAUAGAAAAAUAUGUAGAUGCUUUCUCGUCACAUAUAGCAACAGACAGUAAGAGAAAAAGAAAGUGCGAAUUAUUAUCAUUCCAAGACAGUUCUAUGGAUAUAUCAAAUUUAGAUACUUCACAGUUUGAAAUAGAUCUUUCUCAUAGCGAGAUACAAAACGAAAUGUGUAAAGAAAAUAGUUUUUUUAAAUAUCAGCUAGAAAAUAAACUAGUAUUAGCAUUAGAAAAAGAAAUAAAAGAUGAAGAAAAAAAUUUGCAAAAUGAACUAGAUGAAAGUAAUUCGUAUAUGUUUAUAGAUAGUGUUGACAAAGGAUUAUUAAAUAAAAAACAAAGUAGAGAUAUUAAAAAUAUUAAAGAUAUUAAAGAUAUUAAAGAUAUUAAAGAUAUUAAAGAUAUUAAAAGUAAACACUGCAUGGAUGCAAAUAAAGAUACUUAUAUAUUAAGAUAUAAAAAUGACAAAUGUCUAAGAAGGAAAAAAGGGAUAUCACAAAAUAAAUUACUUAUAAAAAAGAAAAGGACAAAAAUUAAAAGUAAUGAGAAAAAAAGAAGAAUUAAUUGUUUUUUAAAAUUAUAUAAAAGAAAUAAUAUAAAAAGAAUAUUCAUAGAGAUAGCGCUUGGAGAUUAUGUAGAUGUGAAAUUGUGUAAUUUGAAUGAUAAGACUGUUAUAUUAAAAAAUGAAAUAAAAGAUAUGACAAGAGGGGAAGUAUAUUUGGAUUUUUUAAAUAAAGAUGAUAAUAUGAAUAAUAUGAAUAAUAUUAAUAAUAUGAAUAAUAUGAAUAAUAUUAAUAAUAUCCAUAGUAUCAAUAAUGAACAGGUGGUGAUAAAAAAAAAAAGAGAAUCGAAUAAUGUAACCCCCCAUAGUAAACAUAAUAAUAAAAAGAAUUAUUGUAAUAAUAUUUUUGGAGCUCAUUCAUUACAAAAUAGACAUACGAUUACACCAGAAGUAUCAUCUAAAUUUUUAUUUACGAGCAUGAAAAAUUAUUUUCAUAAGUCUAAUAAUUCAAUGGGUAUAAACAAAACAAGUGGUUCUAAUAUUUUUAGACAUACCAUGUGUGUGGUAAGUGAUAUAAAAGAUAAAGAUAAAAAUAAAAAUAUAAAUAUAAAAGAUACAAAUAAAAAUAUAAAAGAUACACAUAAAAAUAUAAAAGAUACAUAUAAUAUUAAUUAUAAAGAACAAACUUCCAAACCUUUAACUAAUAAAUUGUUCAUAUCAAAAAAAGAAGGUGAUAGUCAUAUUGCAUCAUCCAAAAAAAGGAAUGAUGAUAAUAUAAAGGUGAUAAAAAAAAUUAAUGCAUCAACUCAAAAAGUAAGUGAAAAAAGAAAUAAUAAUAAUAUAAAUAUAAAUAUACAAGGAGUUAAAAACAAAAGUAAAUAUAUUCUAUCAAAAACGGAUUCGAUGAAAAUAAAGGGGAUUCAUAAAAAUAAAAAUAAAAUUAACGAUAAAAUAUUCAAAAAGGAGAUAAAGAAAAAUAUUAUUUGUAAACAAAAAAAAGGGAAGAAUAAAGGGCACAUAAAAACACAUAAAGAUAAUAUUAACAUAUAUAAAGGAGAAGCAGAUCAUAUUGAACAUCCGAGUUGCCAUUUGAAAGAUAUCAAAAAAAAUAAAACUAAAACUAAAACUAAAACUAAUGGUAAUAGUAAAAGUAAUAGUAAAAGUAAUAGUAAUAUUUUGGAAGAAUAUAUAGAGGAUGAUACAAAUAAUUAUGAUAUUAUUCAAGAAUCUGGAAGUGAUCUAUAUGUAAGUUGUGAUGAGGGUUGUUAUAAAAAUGGAGAUAUAUAUAACAUGGAAAUUAUAAAUAAUGUGAAUAAUAUACAAAAAAUAGAUAAAAAUUAUAAUGGUAUGGAUUAUAAAGAUAAUUCAAUGAAGAAUGAUAAAAAUCAGAUGAAAGAUGAAAUUAAACUAUUACUUUGCUCGUCCUCAGAAAAAAAAAAAAAACAAAAAAAAAAAAAAAAUUCAUAUAUACCAUUAACAAUAACAAGUAGGAAGACAAUAGCUUACCCAAUUAGUGAGAAGAAAAAUAAUGUUAAAAAUAAAUUGCCUAUUUCAAAAAGAAAUACAUAUGUAACAUAUUCUAAUGUGGAUGAUAUAGAGAAUAAUAAAAAAAAAGGAGAGGAUAAAAAAAAAAUCAGGAGUGAUAAUCAUGUAGGGCUAGAAAAGUUUCUAAAUGAAAUGUCUGAAAUGUUUGAAAAAAAAAAAAAAAAAAUUAAAAAGAAUAAUAUAAAUGAAAAUAUAAACAAAAUAAAUAAUAUAAAUAAUAUAAACAAAAUAAACAAAAUUAACAAAAUAAAUAAUAUAAACAAAAUAAAUAGUAUAAAUAGUAUAAAUAAUGUAAAGACAUAUCAAGAGGAAAAAAAAAAAAUAAAGAACAAUGUUACUGUUUUAAGGAACAAAUUAAAUGACAAAUGUAAAAAAGAAAAAGUCGGAUUAAAAAAAAAAAAAAUAGAAAGGAAAAACACCACACUUUCUAUAAAAAAACAUGAUGAUAGUAUAAAGAAAAGGAAUGAAAAAGGAAAUAAAAUAAUAAAGAAUAAUAAAUGUGUAUGCUUAAAAAACAAGGGGACUCAAAUAGAAAAUAAAAAAAAUGGUAUCAUUAUAGGAGGAAAAAAAACAAAUCAAUUAUUAAGGAUGAAAAAGGGAAAGCAUCAAAAUAAAGUGGAAAAUAAUAUAAAUAAUGUAAAAGAUGUAAAAAAUGUAAAAAAUGUAAAAAAUAUAUAUAAUUUAAAUAAUUUACAUAAUACAAAUAAUUUACAUAAUACAAAUAAUAUAUCAAACGAAUUCGAAAAAAAGAAAAUAAACAUACAUUAUUUUAAAAAAGGUAUAAAGGAUAAGAUAGAAAAUAUGGGGAAUAUAAAAGUGUCGAGAGAUAUAGAAAAAAAGAGAAAGAACAAUCUUAUAAAUAAUAAAGAGGAAGGGUUGUUGCAUGAAUGUUUAAUAAAUGUUGAGAAAAUCAAAGGUGAACAUAUAUAUGAGUGGUAUAAAAAGUUUAUAAACAAUUCGGAUGAAAAAGAAAAGUUGAAUAUAGAUGAUUCAAAAAAUUACAAUAACAAUAUGUGUGAUCAUAUAAAAAAUAAAAUCGAUGUUGUAAAUAUAAUUCCUACAAGUGAUACUAGACAAGAUAAUAAUAAAAUAAAUAAAAUGAUGAAAAAUAUAUCAAUGCAAUAUUUGACACAACCUUGUGCAGAUUUAUCUACAUCUUUGAAAGGAAAUAUAAAUGAAAAGAAAAAUAUAAUAAAUGAUAAACAUGAAGGGAUAUAUACAAAGCAUGACAAUCUUAAUCAACAAAUUGAACGGCAUGUUAAACGACAUGUUAAACGACAUGUUGACAAAUCUAUAUGUCAUCAGGAUGAGAAUAAAAGAAAGAUAAUUCAAUUUAAAGGUGUAGAGAAUAAAACUCCUCAUACCUUUUUACCAUUUAAAAAUGAUAAGAAUAAAACAUAUUUAGAAAUACUAAAAGAUGUUAAUUAUAUAAAUAAUAAGACAGAAAUACAACAUAAUAUUACAAACAAGAGACAUAUUGAGAAUAGGUUUUCUGUUGAUGUACCUCAUAAUAUAAAUUAUAAAAAUAUAGAUCAUUAUAAUGGAGAAAAUAGAAUAUUAUCAUCACAAAAACAAAAUAAUAAUAAUAAUAAUAAUAUUAAUUAUUAUAAAAAUAAUUCUACCUCAUAUUUAAUAAAUCAGGUUGAUUCUUUAAAUCCUUUUAAAGGGGUUGUCAAAAAAAAUGAUGAUAAAGAAAAGAAAAAAAUCGAAUCAAUUUGUGAAUCUGAGGGGAAUAAAAAGUCUCAAUGCUUAAUAAAUAAUAAAACAUUAUAUGUUACAUACCCAGAAAAAAACAGUUCGUCAUGUUAUGAAAAUACUUAUGAUUAUAUCAAUCAUAUAAAAUAUGAGUGUGGAAAUAAAAAUAAUGAUAUUAAAAGGAACACUAAUUGUCAAUAUAUGACGAACGAACAGAAUAAUAAUAACAAGUGUGUUGAGAAGAAUAAAAUGGAUAUAUAUACAAAUGAAGAAAUGAAAACACAUAUGAAGUCUUUUUAUUUUAAUACUAAUUAUUUAAAUGCUACACGUGCUACAUAUUUAGCUCAUCAACAUUAUUAUAAUAACAUGACAAGUAAUAAUAAAACGCAAUGUUAUGAAAAGAAAGAUAUAAAGAGAUAG